AUGUCCGAAAAGAACAGCGCUUCCUUCGUCUUCACCGAGGUCUACAACGAAACCGGCUGGUCGAGCGACGGCGUUGCCUGGCUCGUCGGCUUGAUCAGCACGGUGUACCCAUUCCUCGGGUACGACGCUGCUUCCCACCUUGCAGAGGAACUGCCCGACGCUGCCCGGAACGUGCCCCUUGCGAUAAUUGGAAGCAUCGUACUCAAUGGGCUCAUGGGGCUUGCGUAUGCCAUCAUACUGCUUUUCUCCACGAGCAAACUGGAGGGUGUUCUCGCCACACCUCUUGGUUUUCCGGUGAUGCAGAUUUACCUUGAUGCAACUCAGUCCGCGGCAGGCGCGACGACGAUGUCGCUACUGCUCAUUGUUCUAGCCGGAGCCGCUUGCUGCGCUGCGUUGACAUCAACAUCGAGAACAUUAUGGGCUUUCGCUCGCGAUGAGGCCGUGCCUUACUCGAAAUUCAUCGGACGAGUGGAACAGCGGAGCCAGAUUCCAGCAAAUGCGAUCUAA